GGCACAAUUGGAUAGGAAAGAUAACUUAAAUCAUAAAAAAUAAUAUAAUAACAAAAAUAAAAGAGGGUAGAAAAUAAUUCAAGGAGCAAAAAAGAAAUGCAUAAAUAAAUAAAUAACAAUAAGACUGCAGGAAGUAGUAUAGUCUAUCAUGUUUCAUCCGGUUUCGUCGAUACGAUUUGUAGCGUUACAACAGAUGUUGAAAAUAACUAUCUUGGUCUCGGUUGUCUGUUAUAUACUCUCUGAUAUGAAGCCGGAAGUGGAGCUCAAAGAGAAUCAUUAGUUUGAGAACAGCCGAAAGCUCCAGAAGAGCAGAAACAAACACUUCCCUUCACAGCUCAUUCAGGACAGAACUGAAGGGAGAAUUCAGGUGUCAAAGCAGCAAAAACAGCAAACAGAGUGAUAGCAGGAGAAGUACAGGUAUACAAGAUUGACAGCAGGAGAAGUACAGUGUCUCAACGCAGGGAUGGCUCCACGAAUGGACGACGUCAUGCGUCUGUGCUGUGAAAUAUCAGCCCACGAUGAGAUCAAGGUGGCAGUGAAGAACUCCACCAAAGGAGCGAUGGUGGCAGGAGGAUCUGCCUUCGUAGGCGGGCUGCUCGGCGGACCUCCAGGGAUUGCUGUUGGUGGAGCAGUAGGCGGUCUGCUGGGCGCCUGGCUGACCAGCGGUCAGUUCAGACCUCUGCCUCAGAUCCUGAUGGAGUUGCCUCCCAACCAGCAACAGAUGCUCUUUAAUCACAUCACGGCCAUCUUGGGCAACCUGGACUGGACGGACGCGGCCCAGCUCAUCGCCCUCGUGAUGGGCAACGCCACUCUCCAGCAGCAGGUCACCGCCGCGCUGCUUGGCUACAUCACAAAGGAACUCCGAGCAGAGGUGCGCUAUCAAGACUGAGUUCUGCUUAUGCACAUGGACUUUUUCAGGAUGAUCAGGCCUGCCGAGCACAAUCAGAGUCUUUAUAACUUAUUUUUGUACUUAAUUCGAAAAAAGAAAAAAAAAUGUGAAUCAUGGAUGUUUCACUUUCAUGACUGUGCCAAAUGGAGCUGUUAGCGUUCGCUAUCUUGAGACUGUCUAUCCUGACAGAAGUAGAAUGUAACUAAAUACAUACAAGUACUGCACUUAAGUACAAUUUUAAAGUACUUACUCCAUUUUAUGCUUCUUUUCACUUCUACUCCACUGCAACUCAGAGGCAAAUAUUGUUCUUUUUAC